AUGGCUGCCGUAGGCUCGGCCUUUCAGGAUUCAAAGCCCGCCGCGUGCGCCGACAAAGGCCCCGUGAUGGGCGACGCGCGACCGCAGGCGUGCUGCGGAGGCCGGCAAGGCAAUGCAUAUCGGUUCUGCAUUUGUAAGAACUUUGUAGACGAUGUUACAAAAAGUAUCCAUCCAACGGUGAAAAGUGGAACGAUCGUUCGGGAGACUGAAGAUAGGAGGAAAGUAUUGCUGCUGAAUGACCCAAAAUUAACCUUGGAGUCCGGCUCGUGCCAUGAUGUUGCUAAAUCCUGGAUCCCAGUGACGAAGCCAGGAAGAGUCCAUUGUUCCACCGUGCAAAGGCGAGCUGUGCACUUGCUUCAUUCCAAAAUAUCUCGCAUUUUCAGACUUAGACAUUACUGCUACCGCUCUUUCUUCUUCGGAAAAAUAUAUGUUAUUAUAUUUUACUCUAUUUCUUCAACGGAAUGAAGUAACAGAGAUAACGUAUUAUUAGUUAACUGUCUGUGGC